AGCGGGUUGGAGAGAAAGAAAAAGGGGAUAAAGCAGAUGGAGAGCAGCAAGGGUGCUGGCAGAGGAUUUGGGGCAGCUCCUGCAGCUCCGAGGGUCACGUGAGAGGAUCCAGCUGGACUUUUCCUGGGAUUUUGCCUCUGUUCUGUGACUCGAUGGCAGAAAGGCAACAAUGGGAGGGAAAAACAACAACAAUCCCCAAGAAGGUGGGAAAAGUUCUGAUUUUAUUCAUGGAGAUUGGAUGAAACAUGAUAUAAAGGAAAAAAAAACCAAAACAAAAGGAGGAAUAAAGAGCACAAUCUGGGAAUCCAAUGGAAUAAUCCUGUCUGGCAUUUCACAAAUUUUCUUUUUCUGAAGACUUAAUGAGUUUAGAUCGUUGAUCAGCCAGCCCCUCCUUCUCCGUGCUUUAAUUGGUUUGUGUUUUUCUCCCUGACUUUUUUUUUAAUGAAUUUGUGAAAAAAUUCCCAGCUUGUUCCAUGCCAUGGGAGUGGGUGUUAUUUCUAUUUUUUAACUUAUAUGGCCAUUUUCCUUUGCUCUGUGGAAUUCAGUUUUUAAUAAGAUAACAUUUUAUCCUCAUAAAAAAUAUCUCAGAAAUAUUUCUGAUUUUGAACUUAAGAAGGAGGCAGAAAAUGGUGCCUGGCCCCCUGUGAAAAGCAGUGGAAGGAUUCUGCUCUUCUGAUCUCACUGUCUUGACAAUCCCGGGAGACAUUUGGGAGAAGUUUCCAUCCCAAAUUCAAUUUUAAAUUUAAAUUCCCUCCAUUUCCAUAUGUGACAGGACACGAUCUUGGAGGACGCAGCCUGCUCCGAGACCUGGAAAAGAAAACCUUAUUCUUUUGCGGGGAAAAUUGCUUUGUUUUCGUGUUUUGCUUUUCCCCCACUUCUCCAGAAUUAGAAACAGUUGCAGAGUUCACGUCAGCUGGAGCAGCUGCCUUGUGAAACAACCAGGAAAAGGAGAAGUUGUAGGGAAAAACACACCUCCCUCCUGAUUUCCAAAAAAACGCCCUUCUCCAUACAAGCCCGGGCACGCUGCUCCCAAUUAUCCAUCAUCUGACACAGCAGCCUCUGGUUAUUAUCUCCGGAUCAAAGCAAGCACUGCAGAGGUAUAAAACCUGCCCUGCCCGAGUCCUGCUUAUUUUGGAGGCUCCCAGACCUCUAAAGGAUGAAGCUUUUCCUCCUGGUCGUGCUCGGCGUUGCCCUGUGCACGGAAAGUGCUUUCUCCCUGACCUGCUUCUCGUGCAAAGAUGCAACUUCCAACAUCCAUUGUCUCAGCACCACCAAAUGCUCGGACAACGAGAAGUAUUGUCUGACAACCUAUUCCACCUCAGGAACUGGCAGUGACCGGAGCCAGCGAAUCACCAAGAAAUGUUCUGCAUUUUGCCCAACAAUUGACCUGAACAUCGGCAUAGCUGGAGUCGCCACCAGCUGCUGCGAGACCUCCUUGUGCAACAUCAGUGGGGCCAGCAGCGUGAAAACCAGUUCCACCAUCCUCACCCUGGGGGUCCUGGCCAGUCUCGCCUGCAUCCUCAGGAUGGGUUUUUGAGGGUUUUUUUGGGGGAAAAUGAGCUGCUUGGCUUUGCAUGGCACGGUUCAAGCUGCGGUCCAUCAGGUGGGAAUGCUGCCCUGUGCCUCCUACCUGGAAGGUCACCUCCCAUCAGGAGGUAUUUUUUGCUCUUUCCACGCUCUGAUGGCAACACAAAAUGAUGUUUGGGAGAGAAAGGGGUAGAAUGGAGCCCUGCACGUGCAGAAUGGCCCCAUGUGGCCACCAUCUCUCCCACUCCUGGCAUUUAUAACUCCGUGCAUUUUUUGCCUUUCAUUUUAUCCCCGCCAUUCUCUUGUGCCAAUUUUUUUUUUCCCCAUUUUCCACCCUGUAUCAUUUUGCUCUGAGAAAGCCUUUAAUAUUCCAGUUGUUAAACAGAAACUGGGCACAAUAAAGUGUUAUUUUAUUCUA